AUGGUCAAAGGGUAUCCGUUGCAGAUACCCGCUAUCCGUCGCAGAUACCCGCUAUCCGUCGCAGAUACCCGCUAUCCGCUGGCGGAUACCCGCCAGGGCCAACGGAUACCCGCCAGCAGCGAUGGAAGCUCAAGUGAGAGCGAGUCGACCGACAGCAGCUCGUCGUCAUCAUCUAGCUCGGGCUCUUCAAUAAAUCGACCGACGGUGAAACGCGGCCGGUUGGCGAAAAAGCAGAACCUCCAAGCACGGGCCCUGCAACCGCAAGAUGGAGGAGACCCGACGAAUCCACAAUCGAUGAGAAGAUCGCCAUCGCCCGUCGAACAAUUGCCACCUCCUCCUCUCCCAAGCUCCUUCUUCGACCCAGAUCUGGCGCUCCCUUAUCUCGAUUCGUCGCCGGAUAUUACACUGGCUUUGGACGAUCAUCAACUCGUCCUUCAAUCGCUCGACUUGGCUAAGCAGACCCUUCAUCUCGACCCUUCUAUCUGUCCUCAACCUGUUGCCUCUCCCCAAUCCCACGAGGAUGUCGAGAUGUCCGAUGGCGCUGAUUCAUGA